GUCCUGCGUGGAACAGGAAGACAAGAUGACCGUUCACAACCUGUACAUAUUCGACCGGAAUGGAAACUGUCUGUUCUACAACGAGUGGAACCGGGGGAAGCAGGCGGGCAUCUCCAAGGAGGAGGAGUUUAAGCUGAUGUACGGGAUGCUGUUCUCCAUUCGCUCAUUCGUCAGUAAGAUGUCUCCUCUGGACAUGAAGGAAGGCUUCACGUCCUUUCAGACCAGUAAAUAUCGUCUUCACUACUACGAGACCGCCAGUGGACUUAAGUUUGUCCUGAACACAGACCUGUCUGUGAGCAACGCCAGAGACACACUGCAGCACAUCUACAGCAACCUGUAUGUGGAGCACAUCGUGAAGAACCCGGUGUGUGUGCUGGGUCAGGGUCUGGACAGUGAACUGUUCAGCAGUCGACUGGACGCCUUCAUCAGAGCUCUGCCGUACUACAGCCCCCGAGCCGCCUGACAUGUACACACACACACACACACACACACACACCUGUGAAGUUGAAUUGUUUUUAUUGGCAACAUGAAUCAAACUGUUGUGUUGUUGUUUGUAUCUUCGUCAUGUGUAACUUUAAUUAAACUGAUGUAGAAACUUC